AUGGUAUAUUUUGGACAGUUAAUAUGGACAACAGGGCGCGGUGGUGACGGUUAUAGUUGCCAGUACGGUCAGAGUUGCGGGUUCGAACCCUCGCCGCCAGGACACUCGCCACCUUGUGCCCAGCCAGGACUCACAUACUGUGUACACCCGGAUCCAUAUCCCGAGCAUAUAAUCCGGCAGCUUAUAGAUGCUGGCCAAUACGACAUCCGAACACUACUGUCCGACGAAAGUCGUGAAGAUUUCGGAUCGAAGAAGAAUGAUUAUCCAUACGGAUACGGGCCCGGUUCAUUACCGAACGUGGACCAAAUAUCACUCGUCAACGAUGUAUCAGUGUAUCCAAAAGACUACAAUACUAAAUUUCAUACUAGAUACAACCAUGAUAUUUUCUCCCAAAAGACACCCCUCCAGCCGCCAUCACCCGUAGAUCCAACGCCAUACAACAUCAACGCAUACCAAUCCCAAAAUUUCUCCAAAUUCGGGUUCCACGGCUACCAUUCAAACCCCGGCUACUGGAGCCCUCAACAAUACGACGCUGAUUAUAGCAAGAAAGCCUACAGGCCAAAUGUUGGGACGAACUUUGGGUCCAAUAUUGCCCCCAAUCUACCGAACAAUGUGGCGGUUUACAAUCAGAAUUUUUUCAACACGCCGCCGAGCUUUUACCCGAACUUCAACAAUAAUGAUUGGAUUCGACCAGCAGCUAGCGUAGGUGUUACGCACUACAAUCCUAGCGAAUGGUGGAAAUACGUCUCUCCAUCCCGAUCUAAUGUCUUAGUGGGACGGUCGUUAUCGUUCCCCAGUCGCCCAAAUGCCGUCCGGCAUCGCAAGAAGCGUAACGCCGAGCUGGUAAAAGCUGCUUCCAAAAGAACCUUAACAGGCGCUGAAGCGCUACGGAUAGCAUUGGGCCUUGCCAGCGCGGAAACCUCAGCGGAAUCAGCGGAACGAACGCGACGGCAAGCUGGGAACACGAUAGAUUUGUGCAGAUCCCGAACCGAAUACAUUACGCCUCGGGCGGCAAUGAACAACAGAGGCAAUUGGAAAUUUGUUGUUAACAUGCCCGAAAAUAUGACGCAGUUGGUCAAGACUGAGGUUUGCAUGUCAACAGAAUGCAAUGGAAUCUGCUCGAUACCAACUGGAUACAGAUCUCAGUGUCAACAAAAAUAUAUACAAAAACGUUUAGUAGCUCUUGAAUCUACAGGAAAUCAAUUAUAUACAGACUUAUUCUGGAUUCCUAGCUGCUGCCAAUGUACUAUAAUUAGUAAUGUCCAAUAAUAUAAAAUUUUUGGAUUCAACAUGUAAUUUUGUCGUUGUGAUUAGCUAUGACUUAAAUAAUCAGCAUGUUCACGUUGCUGCUACUCAAUACUAGAUGGCGCUCCUAACAUUAUUACAUCGGUUUGAUUUAACGUAGUCGAUUAGUGGAGCUCUCUCAAUAGAGUUUAAUAAUGAAGUCACUGCCUUUUCUUAAGUUUUCAUAUAACGAAGUCAUGACGUAUUAAAAUUAGUAUGUGUAAACAUGUUUUGUGGAGCCUAGCUUUUUAAAUAGGCCAAGAUGUUUGUUUCACCCUAAGGCAGAGUAUUAUAAUUGUAUAAAAAAAUGUUACCAUAAUUUUGUGCUGCUAGGCAAUUUCAAGAAGAAUUCCUGGCCAUUGAUUGAAAAUUAUAUUACACGUAGUAAUUUUAAUAGUGUAGAAUUUGUGUAAUCCCAAAUUCCCGCCUUAGUCUGUUAUGUAAAUAGCACAAAAUUCUUAGAAUUCCUCUUAGAAAUUUGUUCGCGGCACAACAAACAAUAACUAAGUAUUAAUAACUUAGAAAAAAUGUAAAUAUAAUAGUAAACUUAAGCAAUAAAGGAGACAUUUCGAACUUAGUCCUUCUGAUUUUUAUACAUUUUUUUAAAUGGCGGUGGGAUGCGAGUAUGCCUUUUAACUUUUUACCUAUAUAUAGUCUGAUUUUUGAUUGAAAAAACAAACUGGCAGCUAAUAAUAGCAUUUUCAAAAAUAAUGUUGUCAUGUUGAUUGCGUGUCUCAUUCACUCACUGAAACAGAGUCAGACAAAAAGAAGAGUUAAAGAUAGUUAUUUUUAUUGAAUAUCAUCCAUGAUUACUCAUAAUUUUUUUGUGAUAAUAAUUACUCCAGUAAUAUAGCUCCAAUACUAUGUAUGCUCCAUAAUAAACAUUGAAUGUUGAACUAUUGAUCUGCUAUAACACAAUUCAUUUCCAUAUAGUCUUUUCAUAUUUCUAUCACUUUUCUAUUAUAAGUCAUGAUUUUUUAAAA